UCUUGUCUAGUGUUUUCAGAAAUAAAUUCUGCGUUGAUGGAGGAGCUCUCAUCUUAAAUCUCAUUCGUAGUUUCUUUCAAUUCCUCUAAUCUUCUGAAACAAAUAUAUAUAUACGUCCAUCGAUUCAUCCAGAUCGUGAUGGAGAAGAAACACCGUUCUAAAAAGUGCAAGAAAUUGAUUGACCUCAACAAGGAAUUUCACCCCCAAAUUCCUUCAGUUGCCGCUAAGCAGAAAUGGCAGCCAUUUGGUCCAUUUCCAUGUGUGCUUCCUCCUCCUUUAGCACCACCGUCCACAUACUCAGUUCCGGCGGCGAAGAAUCUCGUGUUUUGGGACUUACAGCCGUUCAGAGGAGCGUCUCCGACCACCGCUUCAGACGGAACUCCGGCGGCCAAUGACUUGAAAACACUUCCCCUUCUUCCAACUUCUUCAUGGAAAAGGUGUGAAAUCCCAAGUCAUGAGGUUGCCCUUUCAACGAUGACCAUUUUUUAUUCCGGUAGUGUUUCUGCUUUUCACGACAUAUCGCCGGAAAAGGUAGAGUUAGUUCUGGGCAUGGCAGGCGGCACGAAUGAGGUUAUAGGAGGUGGAAGUGAAGAAAUUGAAGGAAAGAGAUGGAAUCAUCAAAAUCCAAGUUGUGUUUAUGCCACAGAUGAAACCACCACACCGCCAUCGUCGUCUUCAGGGAGUUUCUAUCAAAGCUUUGCUCCAGGAGCAAUAGCUAUGGCUCGCAAAGCAACUUUGGCAAGAUUUCUGGAGAAGCGCAAACAUAGAUUGAUCCACAAGAAGACAUACCUUGAAGAUGGAAAAGUAGUAGCUGAUCUCUCUUUGUGAUAUUGAAAUUUAAUUUGAUUGGUUGGUGAAGAACAAGAAGAAACAAGUUCUACAUCAGGUUUGAUUUGAAAAGCUAGCGGAUCGGAAAAUCGAAAGGAGAGCUAUUGUACCAAUAUAUAUUAUUUUAUAAUUUAUUCAUUAUAUAUAUAUAUUUUCUAUUCAUAUACUCCUAGUAAUUCAAAUAAUUUUGUUUAGUUGAUAAACCAAUAAUUUGUAUGUUAUUGUAGACUAGAUUACGAGAACUGAAGAUCUUUGAAUUGAUUAUUACAUAAAGUACCACGGCUACUCGUACUUUUUAAGUA